GUGAAGGCGGAACAUAGUCUCUGGGUGAACGGCAGCUCUGACAGCAUCGAAACAGUUAAUGGUAGUUAGCGACAGUUGCUCUGACAAACCCUUGGAGGAGUAACAAGUGUUUACUGUUCGGAAGUUUACUUUUACUAUACGAGAGUUGGGUUUUAAACGUCAGUACUCAGAACUUUAUUUGGUGACUGCGACUCAUUCUGGAAUAAGUAUAUUUUCGUUCAAAUUAAGUUUAACAUCUUUUAACGGACUUCGAAGCUCAGUUUUGAGAACAUGAACAUCAUCUGAAAAUGCGCUAAAGCGGAGCCAUCAGAGCGGAUCACAAGGAUGACAGAGCCAGUGGAGCAGACCCAUCACCUGAAAACUUCAGGCAUCCCAUCAGGUGGGAGCAGCGGAGACACUUUGGAGCAUCUCCCAACCAGUAACCGUGGUGGACCGGUGAACGGCGACAGGGGGCGACAAAGAGACCAGAAGCAGCGGCAGCAGCGGGCGGAGAACUGUGGGGAUAUCAACACAGACAAGUUAUGGCAAAUGAAAGGCGGUCAGAGGGAGGUGUGCCCUGCCUUAGCAGCCGGAAACGAGCUCCCAAAGUGCCCGAUUGCAGCUCAGCCUCACCAGAAGCCUGAUGCUCAUGCAGCGGUCGACGUUGAUCUCACAUCACAGGGGAAAAACGGCGAAGACAGACCGCUGCAGGAGACUUUGAACCAGGUGCAAGAGGAGAGUUUGCACAUCGACUCCGACACUGGCUUCGACGCGCGUCUGGGCAAGAAGAGACACAGGCGCAGGACCUCCAAGAAGAAGCGCAACUGGAAGCCUUAUUACAAACUUUCCUGGGAUGAAAGGAAAGCCCUGGAGGAGAGAGAGACGGCCAGGGCUUCCCGGUUGAGAGAGGAGAUGUUCGCCAAAGGGCUCCCAGUGGCCCCCUAUAACACCACACAGUUCCUGAUGGACGAGCAUGACCGCGAGGAGCCCGACCUCAACACCGAGACCGGGGUCAGGCGGCCCUCAGGGGUCGGUGGCCGCAUGGAGGACACGGGCAGCGAGGAGGACCUCUUCGAUAACGACGAGGAGGAGGAGGAUGAUGGCAGCGGCGGAGGCAGCGACGGUAUCGGGAGGGCCGGGAACGCAGGUGGGGAGUUUCUCCAGAGAGACUUUUCCGAGACCUACGAGAUGUACCACGUCGAGAGCCUGCAGAAUAUGACCAAGCAGGAGCUGGUGCAGGAGUACCUGGAGCUGGAGAAGUGCAUGUCCCGGCUGGAGGAGGAGAACAACCGGCUGAGGCGCGCCGUGGAGCCCGGGGGUCUGACCGUGGAGAGCUCCCUGGUUCGGCUCAGAGAGCUGGAAAGGGAACUGGAGAGACUCAGAGCUCAAAACACGGAGCUGCUUCUGCAGAACCAGCCGAGCAAGGACAGGGCCCAGGUCGCUACCAACUAGAGGACACUAGUCAAGUAGGGGAAACCGUUUUGAAAGAGGUAAAAACAUGGGACUACUGCAUUUUUAAAAGAAAUUGUCAUCAGUUUUCUGUAAUCUGUUUGUCAUCUGGAUGAUUAAGUCCUUGCAUUGCAAUGCAAUACUUGACGUUUCUUUUCUAUUUGGACUGUAAGGGUGUCCUGUUCAAUUUUUUUUCAAGAAUAAAUGUAAAUAUUUCAAAAAGAAGAUUCUUUUUAUAAAGAGAAUGUAUUUGACAACACGAGAAUAUUUUGUUUCCCUUGUCAACUUCGUAGGUAUCCAUUUACAUAUGCUGUUUAAUUUUUGAAUUUAAAAACAAACAUUGUAUGUUGCACCCCCCCAAAAAACCUGAAUAACAAAUUACAGCUCAUUGCAAAAACUGUUUUGCAGAAGUAAAUUCCAGAGUGAACAUUUUAACAGUUGUGUGUUAACAUAAGUUCAAAUAAAAAAAAAUUGAAAUUCUG